CACACCUUCCCGCUAUUAAAUCAGCAUCAUUAACUAAUCUACUUUAAUUUUCUACCGUUGAUCUCUCUAGAAUCUUCAUUUCCAUUACCCUACUUUCCUAAUUUCCCUCUCUACUUCGACAGCCAUAGCCCACCUUCUUUCUCUCUCCUCAUUCCCAUCUCCAUUCCUUGCUUGCUUUUGUCAUUCUCUCUCCUUCCCUUCCACCCUACGAAAAAAUCUCGCAAUUUAGGUAAAUUAAUCAAUUCAUCAGUUGUUCCAUCACUUUCUCUAUCUUCCUUUUAUUUACCUCAACUUAACUCUUCCUUGCAAUUCCAACUAACGUAAGCUCACCAAAAAUGGCGUCCCAAAAAGUGUCGGCAAUGGUGGUUUUUCUGUUAACAUUGAUGGUAAUGGUGGAAUUAACAAUGGCGGAUAUGUCAGAAGAAACAAAGGUGAAGAUUGUUAAAGGGAAGAAGGUUUGUACUAGAGGAUGGGAGUGUAGUGAAUGGUCUAAAUUUUGUUGUAAUGAAACGAUUACAGAUUUCUUUCAAACGUACCAGUUUGAGCAGUUGUUUGCAAAGAGAAAUGCACCAGAAGCUCAUGCGGUAGGGUUUUGGGAUUAUCAAUCAUUUAUUACUGCUGCUGCUCUUUACCAACCGUUAGGAUUUUGUACUACUGGUGGUAAACUUAUGGGUAUGAAGGAGCUUGCGGCUUUCCUUGGUCAUGUCGGCAGCAAGACCUCCUGUGGUUAUGGAGUUGCUACUGGUGGACCUUUUGCCUGGGGACUUUGCUAUAAUAAGGAACUGAGCCCUAGCCAAUCUUACUGCGAUGACAGUUUCAAGUACACAUACCCCUGCUCACCUGGCGUUGAUUACUACGGCCGAGGUGCUAUCCCUAUUUACUGGAAUUACAACUAUGGAGCAGUAGGUGAGGCACUGAAGGAGGAUUUGCUGAAUCAUCCGGAAUACAUUGAGCAGAAUGCUACCCUGGCCUUCCAAGCUGCAAUUUGGAGGUGGAUGACUCCAAUGAAGAAGGGACAACCUUCAGCCCAUGAAGUUUUCGUAGGCGACUGGAAGCCCACCAAGAAUGAUACUUUGUCGAAGAGAAUCCCUGGCUUUGGAACCACCAUGAAUGUCUUGUACGGAGAUCUUGUUUGUGGAAAGGGUGAGGUCGAUGGCAUGACGAACAUCAUUUCUCACUACCUUUACUACCUUGACUUGAUGGGCGUUGGCAGAGAGGAAGCAGGACCUCACGAAGUGCUUGCAUGUGGUGAACAAAAGGCUUUCAACCCGUCUUAUGUUGCUAGCUCCUCUUCUUAAGCUUCAGUCUCCUUGUUAUUCUUUUCGGGUUGACACUAUGCAGCUAUGUUCACUGAUAUCAAUAAGCUGAUGCAUCAAUCUCGAUGUUAUUGUUACUCGGAAGGUGUUCUACUCUCUCUUUGCCUGUUAAAUAUAUAUAUGAAGUAAAAUGUUUGGUUUUCCUUUUGUUAAUACUAUAGUUUAAAGAUCGACUCCAUUUAAAAUGUGUGUAUUAUGUAAUUAUGUCAUUAUGAACUGGAUCUGUAAAACGAUUUUGGAGAGUAAUUGUUGAUAUUAUCUAAAAUACAUAUCA